UGUAAAAAUCCCAGUUCAAUGAAGUAGUGGGCAGCAGUAGUGUUAAAAUCAUUUGAAAUUUUAUUCAAAAACUCUUUCGAAUUUGAUGAAAGAAUUCAUUUCAAAACGUAGCAAUAACGCAUAGUAUAAGUUGGAGUUAAGAGUAACGUGUUUUCAAUAGUUUAAGUUUUGAUAAGCGAUCGCGCGUUUUUGUGUAUUUGGUGCGUUUUUGUUUUUUCGGACAACGUUUUAGAAUUUUCGUUCCUAUCAUCAUGCCCUUGCGAUUAUAUUUCACUAACUACGCGCUGAUUUUGUGAACACAUAGGUGAACAGUGACCAAAUAGUUCACAUUCAGUUCUUCGAAUUGAUGAUUAUUACAGGGUCGGUGAUUGUGACACUUUGGCCAACCGUUGGCCACGGAUUUAGUGAUAUUCGAGUGGCCCAUACAUCCUACUAACAUAAAAACUCAUAUGAAUGUACUAUGUCGUUACUGUGACUAUGUUGAGCUUGAUUGUAAGCAAAUUUAGUAACUAAAAGUUGUGAAGAAAAAUAAACUACAUAUUAUUUAAAAAUAUCGUAUCAAUAUGGAUUCCAGUACAAACCUUGACUCGCUCAAUGAUACCGCGCCAAUGCCGGAACUAAGUUUUGAGGAUUUAUUGGACGAUUCACCUGUAAAGAAAUCAAUUGGCGCUGUUGAUGAUCCUUUAGAGCUCGAAGAUGAAUUAAAUCCCAUAAAGAAUGAUACUUUGAAUACACCAGGACCUAAGAAACCACCGCAACAUAUGAAACAGUUGACGACAACCACAAAAACCACGGCAACUAUUCCAGCGUCCCAUACAAAAAUCACAAUGGAAAGUGCACCAAUAGCUACUGCAACAAUAUCUACAAAACUAGCUGCUGCAGCAAACACAACAAAUGCUGCUAAGACUACAACAAUGACAGCGGCUUCCUCACCGGUAGUUUUAAACAGCAGAAACAUUUUACCAAAAUCAGUAACAAGCGGCGGUCAACUGGUGAAAAUUUCGCCGAAAAUGUUAAUGACAGGCACAUCGACGAAGAGCUCCGCAUCAUCAACCGUUGCAGUAACAGCCGCUGGCGCUACAAACACAGCUGGCGGUAAAACGGCUAUAAAGACAGCAAAUGGGCAAAUAUUGUAUAUUCAGAAGAAGACUACAACUGUUGCUGGCAGCGGCGGUAUUGGAUCUAUGACCGGCUCACUCAUCAAUGCUUCAACAGGCAACUUUGUGUCUGCAGCUGCAACUACAUCGACCGCCAGUAGCAGUAAAACCGUAGCUUUCAAACUAAUGCGUACUGCCGCUGGUGGCUUAGUGCCUGUCAAAAGUUCAACUGCACUCACUGCAUCUACAACAGCAACAUCUGAUUCGACAUCGAAGAAUACGCUUACACUGUCGCCAAAAGUGGCGUCACAAUUGCAUGCGUCUGCCGGCGGCAAACGUAUCAUAUCAACUGCAGGUGGGCAAGUUGUGAUUAAGACACCGCUAACAGCAGCCGCGUCAGCGACAACCACUAAUGCAGCGUCGAUUAAUAAGUCAACGGCAGCAAGUACAACAGCGACAAAUACAACUACCUAUCGGUUGCAACAGAGUGCCACAACAACGGCUGGCACCAGUGCUACCGCCACCUCUACAGCCAAUACAAGCAAGGGCGCUGUGGCAGGAGGCCACAAAUUUAUUGUGCAAGCCUCCAAUUGCAAGCAAAUUGUUGUUUCCAAUCAGCAACUUAUCAAAUUAUCCCCGAAGCCACCUACAAACUCUGCGUCAUUAACAUCGACUAGCAGCAAUGCCGCUGUUACUACAACAGCCAUCACGGCUGCACGUCAAUUGCAAACGAUACAAUUGCCCGGUAAACCAGUGCAGUACUUGCGUAUGUUGCCGAAGGGUUCCGCGGAUGGUAGCGGUAAUGUAGCAUCGACCGCAAAAGCUACAUUGACGAGCGCUGCAUCGGUGGCAGGCCCCACACAAGUUACAAAUUCUGCUACAUCGACGAUCAAGUUAUUGAAUGCGGCUGGCGUGCCACCCAAAUUCACUGUUGUGCGCCCGAGUCCGACGGGCUCAGCAAAGCUCAUUUUGACACAGUCGCCAAAAAAAGAUGGCGGUGCAUCGGUAACAUUUUCGCCGAUCACUUCAAAAGUGCAAAAAACCAUAGUGACUGUGCCUAAUUUGCGCGCGUUAGGUGAUGUGCAACGUAGUCAAAGUGUCGCCACUACCACCACCACGGCUAGCUUCACUUCCUCCACGUCCGCUCAAUUAGUCAAUACAAACUCCAACCAAUCGUUGAUUAAAAGCAACUCUGGCGUGGGUAGUGUUACUGCAGUAUCCGCUACACUCAUGCGUAAACAUAAAAUCUCUGAAAUCAAUUCGGAACUUAAGCGCAUAACAACAGCUAAUACAGGUGCAGCAGCAGAAGCCGAUGGCAGCGGGGAUGCGGGCGCGCCGCCUGAGGCGAAGAAGUUGGCGGUCGGUAAUCGUAUUGUUAUGUUUCCACGUUCGAUGCUACGCUCAACGGGCGGUGGGCAAGUGCGUCAGGUCACGGUGCAGUCGAAUGCUGUCACAACGGAUAACAACAAUGGACGCCAAUCGCCUACGCGAAAACUACCAUUACAACCACAACAACAACCAAUGCAGAGCGUGCUAAAGAGUAACAAUAACUUCGUAACAUCUGAGGCGAGCUCGCAGAAAUCGCUGCUAAUUAAUGGCAAGACUCAAAUGUUUCUUGCACGGAGGGGCGUAAUUACUAACAACAACAAUAAGAACCACAACGGAGGCAACUAUAAUAGCAACAACUCGGAUAAUAAAUUAUUAAAUUUUAAAAUCAAACUGGAACCCUUGGACGACAAACAAGAUAUCAAGCCAAUACCGGAACUACUACCGGAUGUGGCGAAUGGUGGUAUACGGCGCAAACACUGCAAUUGCAGCAAAUCACAAUGCUUGAAACUAUACUGCGACUGUUUUGCGAACGGUGAAUUUUGUCAGGAUUGCACGUGUAAAGAUUGCUUUAAUAAUUUGCAAUACGAGGAUCAGCGACAGCGUGCAAUCAAAAAUUGUCUGGAACGAAAUCCCAGUGCUUUCAAACCAAAAAUUACCACAUCACACGAACAAGGCGAUAUGCGUCACAACAAAGGCUGCAACUGCAAGCGCUCCGGCUGUCUGAAGAACUACUGCGAAUGCUAUGAGGCGAAAAUACCCUGUUCAUCCAACUGCAAAUGCGUUGGGUGUCGAAAUAUUGAGGAACGCCCCGAUCUAGAUAUGGACCCCAUUGAUCCGAAGCUUCUGGCCAGCAUUGCGAGUGCUUCACUACCAGCUGGCGGCCAGAAACGAACGUAUGAAAAAACCAAUAGCAAAGCGGCUGGCGGCAUGGGCAAUGAUAAGUUCUACAAGGAUACCGCGAAAGCUUUAGCAAUGGGUAGUGAUUUGCUGGCUGGUCUGGCUGGCGGCAGCAGCAGUGUGGCUGGCAGUAGUUGUAGUGGCAGCAAUGGUGCGGCAGGCGGUGCUAGCUCAGCGCCUGAGAAGCAGCAAUGCAACUUUAUUACACAGGAAGUGGUUGAUGCCACCAUACAGUGUAUGAUCUCGCAGGCGGAUGAAUGUGAGAAGAAUGGCUUGCCUACUUAUCAAACCGAAAAAAUGGUCAUGGAGGAAAUGGGGCGCUGUUUGGUGGAAAUCAUCGACUUCUCAAUUCGCAAUACCGAUUCGAGUUUUACGCAAGACUAAGCGUGUGCGUGCGACUAUCAAUUGAAAUUGUUGUUGAUGUGAAGAACAUUGUUUAGAUGGAAGUUGGCUGGUUUUACGCCUUAUGUUUUCAUAUUAGCUGACAAAAAUGUAUGAAUACAUUGCAUAAGAAAAUAUACAUUAGUAGAGCGUUAAAUGCAUAUACAUAUAUACAUACAAAUAUAUAAUAAAGUAUAAGUAUCGUCUGUGUAAA